UACUCCUUCUGCAUGAUUAAUAAAAUCGAAGAGAUUGUGACGGAGGGAGAACAACCUCAAACGGCACGCAAUUAUCGAGCGCCAUUCAAAACUCAGGAUGAACGUUAUCGCACCUCAUCCAUCCGACUCAGCUACAACGUUAUAACCGAAACGGAUGGACUAAUUAACGUACUGUACAAAAUAUUGGAUGGUGGUCCACUAGGACUCUGUUGGUUGGACAUCUCUUUCAAUACAAUCACAAAGCUGGAUGAGGACAGCUUAUCACAACUUCCAAAUCUCAAAAUACUCUAUUUGCAUGGGAAUUCCAUUGUUGACAUGACCGAAAUUCCAAAGCUCCAAGCAUUGGGGAGCCUGAAAACGCUGACCCUUCAUGGCAAUCCCUUGGAGGAGGAGGAAGGGUACCGGAUUGCAGUCAUUUUCUACAUGCCGUACCUCCUUCACUUGGACAUGGUGGGAGUGACGAAAGCAGAUCGAGCAAACUCUCAAAAUUUUGGUGCAAGGUAUGAGUCCUACUGGAAGAAGCGUCACGAAGAGUUUGAGGAGAGUUACAAGUCUCAGAAAAAAGCUGCUGAAAUCUCCUACACUGAGCGAGUGAUGAAGGCUGGAGAAGACUCGGAAGACGAGUUUGAUGACAAUAACAAUAAUACUCACAAUACGAAAGCAAAAAAAUAGAUCUAAGCAAAUAGAGUUUGACCCCUUUGACCAAGACAAUGUAUAUGUACUUCAAGACAGUAAUUAUUUAUUAAUACAAAUAUAUUGUAUACAUACACCAACAAACUUGUAUAGCGGAACAACGUAUUUUAAGAACUUUAAAAUCCAAGUAAUUAUACUAG